UCGGUGCCAUUCAGUUUAUCGCCGUCCCUCGUCAAGCCUCGUGCAAGAGCCUCGCCUGCGCUCCGAGCCAAGAGCCACGCGCCUUUUUCGCGGCAAAUCAGUCGGUCUGUAAAUAAAUCGGAUGCGGAUCGAGGCUGCGGACACGGAAGGCAUCGAAGAAACGGCGCGGUUAAUUAAUUUCCCAAUAAAAAUGAGGAGGAACAGCGAGUCGACAACCGCGAAGAAAAUGUGACCCGUGUUUUUUUUCAAACUGUUUGCCUUACUGCGAGCUGCAUCGUUUCACCGCGACUAUUUAUUACUGUUAUUGUUCAACGUGCCGCAGAAGUGCGCAUAACGCGGAAAGGUUCUCCCUCUAUCACGUUCGCGCAAUGUCAGUGAAAAGGACAGAGUUUCACGGUGCAAGCAUCGGGAUGACAGCCGUUUGGUGGCUCGUCGCGAUGCUCGCUGUCGGUGCAGAGGUCAGUGGUCAGCUGGUUGAUACGGAGUUUCAGCCGACGGUGACGGCGACAUGCAAGGACGGCUACAUGACGAUCCGGAUGAACGUCAACCAGAGUUUCAUCGGGGCGUUGCACGCCAAGGACCACCGGACACCCCAAUGCAUGGUCCUCGGCAACGGGACCAACCACGUCACCCUGGGAAUCAAUCUUCUUGCACCUCCAGGUGCUCCCGAUUAUUGCGGGGUCCUCGUCAACAACAAAACCGAAGAAGAGAGAUCGGUGCCAAUUGCCGUCCGGAUUCAUAAAACGCUUGAACUCGCCAACGACAAGUUCUACGUCAUUACCUGCGGCAAAGCGGGUUUUAAGAACGCAAAGAAUGAAACUUCCCUGGUUUCUCUCCGGAUCCUUGACAGAGGACACCGUGUGCAGGAGACGAUCUAUAGUCACAACUACACGCUGAGAGCAGAGAUAUCACGACCAGACGGAAUGUACGGUAUCCGGGUCAAGUCGUGUUUCGCAUUCAACAAACGUAACAGCAGCGUGCCUCUGAUCGACGAAAAGGGAUGCCCAGUGAACGGUCAAGUCAUGACGAAAUUCGUCUACGAUCCCAGCACGGGAUUCGCCGACGCCACUCUUUUCUCCAUGUUCCGGUUCCUCGACAGUCCGCAGGUUCACUUUCAGUGCAGUAUAUCCGUCUGCAAGGGUAGUUGCGGAAUUCCGGUCUGCGAUGGAGAUCCACCGGACUCUGUCAAGGGUGGCCUACAGCCCAAUGCUGGACAAAGUGUCGCCGGUGAAGAGGGCGUCCUUCUCGCCGGAACCAGCGUCUUUGUCCUGGACCCUGGAGUUUCGCCUAUCGUCCAGUCCGUGUGCGAUGACGGAUCUGUUCAUCCUUCCUGGCUCUUGUGGUUGGCCAUCGCUUUGGGUGUCCUUUUCCUCAUAAUGCUUAUCAUGAACAUCUUUCUUUGCUCUGCGAUGUCCUGCAGUUGCGCUCGAACCGAGAUAAUUGAAAAGGAACCAUCCAUAAUCGAGGAUUACGACCCUUACCGAAGCUGGCAUGGAUCGCAAUACGGCUCAAGGUAUUCUCUGAACGGAAAACCGGGCUACACGUCUGGAGGUUCAACGAUGAAUUCGACCAGAUCGAUAUCUACGAACAGCGAUCACUACGCGAUCGUCCAUUCUCGGCCGGGAAGCAGAUAUUCUGGACCCGGUCACAAGCACCACCACCAUCAUCGAGGUCCACCGUCGAACAUCGGCUCCCAUUACUCGGCAAAGUGAUCACAGCAGGCCUUCUACUUUGCAAGAGAAACGCCAAAUGCUGCCAAUCAUGAAAAGAGAGGGAAAAACAAGUUCACCUAUCUGCAUUCUACAUUGAAGUGUCCGGAAUAGGUGCAACUCCUGUCAAAAAAAAUUACUAACAAAACCUCCGAAAUCACAUUCUAAGUGCAUUAAUCGUACUACCCGUAUCAAGAUUUCAGACUGCAGCUAAUUAAAUAAUAGUCAGAAUGACAGAAAAUUAUACAGGAUCCAAAAAUUAUCCUAAAAUUGCUUAUUAUAUAUUAUACAUACAUAUUAAGUAUAUACGUACUGGAAAAAAUGUAACACGUGGCCAUUUGAAAAUGAAGUAAACGUUAUCAAAUACCUUCUCUAAUUUCAAAUUUAGAAAAGUAGGUUACUGUAAGCAAUUAUACAUACAUGAAUAACUUUAAUCAUAAGCUUAGAAACGAUAAAAUAUAGAACUUCUUGUAUAUAAUUUCAUUAAUAAUUUAGAUAGCUUACGGCUGUUAAAUUUAUUUACGGUAUAAAAUACCUUCGUGUUCUUUUUUAGGUAUACAUAUAUAUCGACAUCGUUCGCUUCUUUGAUCCAUGCAGGCAAUAUAUUGCUAUAGUAAUUAUCCUAAGGCCGAGUAAUCGAUAAUCAUAGCUAUUAAAUGCGCGCCUUGUACGUUAGAAUCAAAAUUAUAAUAUACGUAACAUUUCCAGCGCAUAUAGUAUAUUCAUUUUCAGUGAAAUAACUAAUUAUCAUAUACUAUCACAUGGUGAGAUUAGGAUCGGUGCUAAUAUGUCUAAGUCAAAUAAUUGUCUUCCAUUCUGAUACACAAUGACUCACGUCUCGACGGCGGAAGAUACUUCAGAAUUAACGUAUAUAUGUACGAAGAAAACUGGAACAUUCCGAAGAAAAUUGUAAUGUUUGUAAAAUGCCUACAAAUAAUAUAUUCCGAUCUAUGUCUA